GGCGCUCGGCGUUUGUAGAGAGCCCUGCAAGUCUGAUCCUGGGUGUCUAAAUUAAUAUACUGUGUUGCUCCCUCAAGAUGGAUAUGAAGAAAAGAAUUCACCUAGAGCUGAGGAAUCGAACGCCGUCAGACGUUAAGGAGCUUGUUCUGGACAACUGUCGCUCCAAUGAGGGCAAGAUCGAGGGCCUCACAGAUGAAUUUGAAGAACUGGAAUUUUUGAGCACAAUCAAUGUAGGCCUCACAACAGUUGCGGAUUUGCCAAAGUUAAACAAGCUCAAGAAGCUGGAGCUGAGUGAUAACCGAAUCUCAGGGGGGCUAGAAAUUCUGUCGGAAAAAUGCCCAAACCUCACACACCUCAACCUGAGCGGCAACAAGAUCAAAGACCUCAGCACAGUGGAGCCUCUGAAAAAGUUGGAAGGUCUAAAAAGUUUAGACUUGUUCAACUGUGAGGUGACAAAUCUGAAUGACUACAGAGAGAACGUGUUCAAGCAGCUCCCUCAGCUGACUUACCUGGAUGGCUAUGACAAAGAGGACAAGGAGGCGCCAGACUCCGACGCUGAGGGGUACGCGGAGGGCCUGGACGAUGAUGAUGGCGAAGACGAGGAAGAGUUAGAUGAGGAAGAGGAGGAUGAUGACGAAGAGCCAGCUCCUGGUGACGAUGAUGAGGAAGGAGAAGAGGAGGAGGAAUUGAGUGGAGAGGAGGAAGAGGAGGAGGAGGAGGACUUUAAUGACGAAGAGGGUGAUGACGAUGAGGAAGACUAUGAGGAAGAACGGGGUCAGAAGCGGAAGCGAGACUUGGAAGAGGAUGGCGAAGAUGAAGAGGAUUAGACCCUGCUCCCAAAAUGUU